AUGUCUGGGAAAAUAGUCACGAAGGCCAAUCGAUCCAAUCUGGGGUUGUGCCUCGACACCUUCCAGAGCGCAGGAGGAGAAUGGGGCAGCCCGACGACGAAAUCUGGACGAAUCGAAGACGUCAGUGCUGAUGAGUUGGACAAUAGUUGGAAGAGGAGCUGCGAAGUGCUCUCGAAGACCAUCCCUCCGGAGAAGAUAUUCUUGUUGCAGAUCUCAGACGCAUACAAAAUGGAGCCGCCAUUGGUCGACAAACCCGACGACGGCGGCCUGAGACCUCGGAGCCAGUGGAGCCAUGGUUAUCGACCACUGCCAUACGACGGUGGAUACUUGCCCGUAGAAGAUUUCACCAGAGCCGUGUUCAAGACUGGGUUCAGAAACUGGGUGUCGGUGGAGAUAUUCGAUUGCAAGGGCCCAGAGAAGUACAGGGACGAUAUGGGACCAUUUGCAAAGAAGGCCUUUGAAUCGGUGCACGCAUUGUUGAAGCAGGUCGGAGACACCGCUUAA